CACCACCAAACACUGCGCACGUCCGUAUUUACCUGGGCCCCUUCUCUUCCUCUUCCUCCUCCUCUUCUUCUACUUCACCACCUCUUCCUCUCCAAUUGACGGCUGCUCAACCAUCGAGGCGCACUCUCCUUGCCAUUCUCUCAACAGAACCUCGAAAUGCCCGGCUCCAUCUACAACUCCACCCUCGCCGCCGACUCCUACUCCGGCACCCUCGCCAACAUCGGCCAGGCCUUCCCCGAAUACAACACCCUCGACAAGCUCUGGGCGUCCUGGUACACCUGGAUGCAGAACGAUGUCCUCGCUACCGGCCUCAUGAUUUUCGUCAUCCACGAGUUCUUCUACUUUGGCAGAUGCAUUCCAUGGAUGAUCAUCGACAACAUUCCCUACUUCCAGAAAUACAAAAUCCAGCAGGGCAAGGUCAACACCUUCAAGGAGCAGUGGCAGUGCACCUCCGCCGUCCUGCUCUCGCACUUCACCGUCGAGCUCCCGCAAAUCUGGGUGUUCCACCCCAUCUGUUCCUACUUUGGCAUGGCCUACGACACCCCCCUGCCUAACUUCCUCACCAUGUUCUACCAGAUUGCCCUCUUCUUCUGCAUGGAAGACACCUGGCACUACUGGAACCACCGGCUCAUGCACUACGGCCCCUUCUACAAGUACAUCCACAAGCAGCACCAUCUCUACUCUGCUCCCUUUGGUCUUGCCGCCGAGUACGCGUCGCCAAUCGAGGUCAUGGUCCUCGGUCUCGGCACCGUCGGCUCGCCUAUCCUCUGGUGCGCGCUCACCAAGAACCUCCACAUCUUCACCUGCUACUUCUGGAUCGUCCUCCGUCUCUUCCAGGCCGUCGACGCGCACUCGGGCUACGAGUUCCCCUGGUCGCUCCACCACUUUUUGCCGUUCUGGGCCGGCGCUGACCACCACGACGACCACCACCGCUACUUUAUCGGCAACUACGCCUCUUCUUUCAGAUGGUGGGACUUCUUGUUGGACACCGAGGCCGGACCCAAGGCGAAGGCCGACAGACUUGCGCGCCAGAAGGCAAAGGCUGAGGCUAAGGCCCAGAAGGCGUUGGCCACGGGGUCUGCUUCGUCCAAGAAGACUGAGUAAGAAGAGCAUUCCAUAGAUCACUACUAUACACUACAUUAUUACUCCAUGGAUAAGGCGAACUUCUUCCUUUUUUAUUUUUUAUUUUUUAUUACUUAUUGUUGGUUGCUUCUUUUAUAUCCUUAUGGUAAACUAAAAACUGGUAUAUUAUUUUUAAUAUAUUAUCUUUUUUCUCUUAUGGUCUGCACGUUUCGGUUUUGUAUAUUUAGUUUUAAAUCACCUGUUUCUACUUUUUUUUUUCUAUUUUCUAUUUUCUAUUUUGUCUCGGGGUUAACUAAUAUCAAGACUUUUGACAAUCAUUUGACAAUC